ACCUUCAGUGUUAGCUGGGUCGUCACCCCGACAUAUCUGUUUGUCUGCCUGCCGUCUGUCGUCGCUCCGACGUAUGUCUGUCGUGGCUGCGUCGUGUCGUGUAUAUGUGCUGGUGUGUGCUCUCCCUCGAUUUACACCCCCUAGUAAAAAGUGAUCUAAUUUUUUCACGGACUUUUAAAGAUUUACUUUAGUUUACACCCCUUAAACUGUCUGGAGUGUGUUAGUCUCCCUCGAUUAACACCCCCUAGAAUGAAGUGAUUCACUUGAUUCACGGACUUGAAAAGAAUUGCUCUACUUUUACACCCCCUAAACUGUCUGGAGAGUUAGUCUCCUCGAUUAAAACCCUCUAGUAAAAAGUUAUUUACAUAGCAUUAUUUAAAAUAUUUACUUUACUUCAACACCCCCUAAACACUCUGGAGUGUUGGUCUCCUCGAUUGAAACCCCCUAGUAAAAAGUUAUUUACUUUGAAAGAUUUGAACGAUUUACUUUACUUCAACCCCCUCUGAACUGUCUAGAGUGUUGGUCCCCUCGAUUGAAACCCCCUAGUAAAAAGUUAUUUACUUUGAAAGAUUUAAACGAUUUACUUUACUUCAACACCCCCUGAACUGUCUAGAUUGUUGGUCCCCUCGAUUAAAACCCCCUAAAAAAGUUAUUUACUCUCCAAUAUUUAUAAUAUUUACUUUAUUUCAACCCCCCAAACUGAGUCUCCGUGUGUUAGUCUUCCUAGAUUAAUACCCACUAAUAAAAGUGAUUUUUUCCAUUAACUAUUUAAAACAUUUACUCUAUUUAAAACCCCUCUAAACACCUCCCAAACUUUCUGGAGUGUGCUUCUCCCUAGAAUAAAAGAUCCCCAAAAUUUUUGAACUACAAUUCUCUCUGCCCCUUGGAACUGUUGCUUUUAACACUCCAAAACUAUGUCCACCCCUUACUAUAAUUAUGUUAUCAAGUAUCAGUAAAAAAAUCUUUUUUCAAUAUUGUAAAUCAAUUUUUCACUCCUAUUAGAUCCAGCCACGUGCAUGUCUCGUGAUUUUCAUGGACUUUUCGAUUGUCACAUCGAAGUAAUUUAGUUCUCGAUACAUUUUUGUAUUGGUCACCCUUCGAGUGUUAUUUCGUGGGAAUCACAAAAUGGCCACUUUCAAGGAGUUGGAAUUGGAGUGGUCCACGCUAUGCCAGGGACGUACAGAGACGGACACCCCCACAGAUUUGCAGUUAGCAGCCGAGCUAGGCAAAACCCUACUGGAACGAAACAAAGAGUUGGAGACGAGCCUAAGACAGCAUCAAAAUGUCAUCGAAGACCAGACUCAGGAGAUCGAGUACCUCACGAAACAAACGGCAGCUCUCAGAGAGGUCAAUGACUCUAGACUGCGUAUCUACGAACAGCUGGAAGUCAGCAUACAGGAUUUGGAGAGAGCAAAUCAAAGACUGGCCAUAGAGAGCACAUCUGAUAAAAAACUUAUCAAAAGUCUGAACGGCCAAGUGGAAUCGCUAGAGGUGAAAUGCGAGGACCUCCAGAAGCAAGUCGACGAACUGACCGUGUCGCAGGAAGCGAUGCGUCGGCGACAGAGCCGUCGCUCCGUCUGUCAAACACCCGACGAACCUCCGCCGAACCAUUCGCAAACGUUCGCGACUGCCGCAGCUGCGUUCACGCCGACCGCAACUGUGGACGACGAGGUCACACAGCUGUUGCAACAGUUGCAGGAGGCGCGCACCCAACGUGCUCGCGAACAGCGCAAAGUGCAGGAGUUGGAGGAGCAGAUGGCUGCCGUUCUACAGGAUAACUCUAACCUGGAAGAGAAACUGUCUCAGUUACAACAAAAAGAAGAGGAUAUGAAAUCUCUGCAAGAAGAAUUAUCUAUGUUGGAAGAGAUCAGACAAGGCCACCUGUGCCGAAGAUGUCUGAGAGGCGCAGACGAGCGUUCGAUAAUGGCUGAGGAGGAAGACGAGGAGUUGAGUGUCAUCGACUCGCUAGUCGACGAAACGCAGCGCAAUUCAGUGCUCAUGCAACUGCAGGAAUCCCUGGGCGAAAGCUGUCAAGGUGACAACCCAUACCGGGUGCUGGUGGAGAAAUACGAGGCACUGUUGAAAGUCCAGCGACAACCAGGCGUCAUCAUUCGGCCGCCACAGACUGUUUCCAGCAACAAUUGCCUGUCUCUACAGGAAGAACUGCAGUUGUCUGGCGAUUUCUCCGCUUUCAACAAAGACGAUUCGGCCGACGAGAACGAAAUGACCGCUGCACCUCGCAAACCUGUCAAAGCGGUCACCAUAAACGGCGGAAAAGCGUUCUCGGCCACCCCAACCGACUUCUCCGAAACAGAGACCUCGUCGUCCGGAUUCUCCGACGAAACCAGCAACAAGGGCACCCAAACGGACGCGCACUUCCCGCCGGGAUCGUUCCUGUGCACGAUAAGCGACGGCGACGAUUGCCGAUUCAGCAUUUACGACGACGCCAGCCCCGUCGAGAGUCGCUUCCGCAAGACGCCCGAAUACCGCCAGCUCUUCCGCGAGAUAUUCGCCGUCCUAAAGCGCGCCGCUGAGGCUAAGGACGAAGGCGAAAAACUGCCUCUACUAGACGACUACAUCACCGCCGUCUGCGAGGACGCUCCCAAGGUUCCCCCGGUCACACCAGCCAAAGAGGAAGCUCCCAACCUCCCCGACUCCGAGGAGACAUCGGAAGCGCCCUCCGAAGACGUCACACCGGAACCGGAAACCAAGCAACUCAUCCCCACCACCACUUCACUUCCGGAAACCCCUGUACCGGAACCGGAAGUAGCUCCGGUUUCCGGUUGCACCACUCCUGUUCCUCCCAAACGACAGGAAGUCGAUAUCUCAGAUUACUACUCGUGCGGAGUGAAGAGUAAGAAGAAAUCCAGCAAGAAAAACGUGGUCAAAACAACGACCACAAGUUCCGCUGAGGCGUUCAUCGGUUUGAACGCGAAAGUUUCGUAUUCCAGUAAGGUGACCAGACGGAAGAGACCUACAGAUAGCCCCAGCAGACAACAGCCGGAUAGGUCCACCUGGUGUGUGUCCACGGGGACAAUCAAAGAUGGCGGACUGCCCAAUAGUUCAGCAGAUGCUGAACAUCAUCAGCAGACGUUUGCCAGCUCAGCAUCGCAUGAGGUUGCCAAGCUGAAAAUGCUUGAGAAGUCUUAUGCGGAGGUACUUAGGCUGGGGAGGCAGAAGCUCAACAAUCGUAAUUCGUUCCAUCGUAAGUAAAUCGAAAAAACGCAUCUAAUUUUAGCCUCCAAAUAGAGGUUAGAAAUCAAGAAAUAUGUGAAAAAGAAGAAUCAUAGUAAUAAAGGAUCAAUGAAUAAAAUCGAAAAGCGGCAUCAAAUUUCAUCCUGAAAAUAGAGGCUCUUGUUAGAAAUGCGAACUACGAAUGUGCAUCAACAAUAAAUAACCUGUUCCGUUGCAAGUGAAUAAGAAAUCGAAAAACCGCAUCUGAUUUGAGACUCCAAGUAGAGGAGUCCUUAUGAAUUCUACCAGAUUAAACUUGACAAACAUCAUCUGUUUAAUCUAUAGAAUCUAUAAGGACAGAGAAAAUCAUAGGUCCAAAAAUGCGAAAAUCAAUGUGUGAAAGAAUUUAUAUGGAUGGAGAAAAUCAUAGGUCCAAAAAUCGAUGUGUAACUGGCUUCAGAAAUGCAAAUUAAAUAAGAGUGUGGAGGAGCAGAGGAGAAGCAUAAAUUGUGUUGAAUAAAAUCAAAGAGAAAUGUAAUUUUAGACUCCAAAUGGAGGCUCUACUUGUACUGUUAUGAAUGGUAAAUAAAGAAUGUGAAGAAUUAAAGCACGAGAAUUUAGAAGAAUUAAUGAUUAAAAUCAAAAAGCAGUAUCUAAUUUUAGUCUCAAAGUAGAGGCUCUUGUUAGAAAUGCAAAAUGAAAAUGUAAAUCACAGGUAAAGAAGCAUAGAAGAUAAGCACUGUGAAGAAUAGAAUCAAGUCAUCAAAUUUAAGCUUCUAAAUAGAGAGGCUCUCAACAAGAAUGCGAAUUUUGCUAAUGGAGAAGCAAAUUCAUUGUGAAUUGCAACAAAUGAAUGCAAUUAAAUGCAAGUGGAUGCAAGUGAAUGCAAGUAGAUGCAAGUAAACGCAAGUGAAUGCAAGUAGAUGCAAGUGAAUGCAAGUGAACGCAAUUACAAAUUGUUGAGCCAAAACCCCACCCUCAACAAAUGAGUGCAAUUAAAUGCAAGUAGAUGCAAGUGAACGCAAUUACAAAUUGUUGAGCCAAACCCCCACCCUACUCAUGACAAUAUUCUUGUUUUUGAUAGCCUAAAUAUCUGACGGCGAAGCUUGGUGUAAUACUACAAAUAUCCCAUCUGCAUUGUCAAAAAUAUUAUUAAUUUAUAAACUUAGAGAAAAACUUGAGACUAGAUGAAUAUUAUAACAUAAUGUAUAUUUAUUGUUGAUUAUAUGCUGCCAAUCGUGAAAACAUAGAUACAAUAUCAUGUUAUAACUUAAUUAUAUUAUGAAAAUCGUCAAAUAUAUUGAAUCACUUCUCAAGUUACAUUCAUGUACCGUAUCUAUGAUCAAACAUACCCAGUCAUUCUAUUUAUAAGAAAUUUGUAAUUAAUUUAUUGGAUAAACGUUGAAUUUCUUCAGUUUUAAUAUUUUUUUGUAUGACUUGCCUUACAAAUCACCUAUUGGUUGUAUUGUAUUAUUGUCAAUCUUUAUAGGAUAUUAACAUCUUUAUUAUAAUAUAUCAAUCUCCUUUUUUGUAGGUUGUAAACUAUUUGUAAAUAUUAUCUCUCUCAAUUUAUGGUCUAAACUUGAAUGUAUCCACUUUAUGUACUUUUAUUCAGUGGAAGAAUGAAUGAACUAACUUAUUUGCGUUCAAAAAUUGAUGCAAAAUACUCUAAAAAAUACUUUCUAUUGUAUAAUGUGCCAUGAGUUGUGUAAAUUAUGUGUAUUAUAUCGUAAAUAGCUGUAUCGAUAUUGAUUAUUAUACAGGCUGCAGUGUUUGUGAAUUAUAUGAUUAUAUGAAUAAUCAUGUGAUUAUAUGAAUUAUAUGAUAUUGUCCAUUGUUUCUCAUCCAUCACAAUAUUUGAGAAGUGGACCAAAACCUUUGAGAAAAGUGAAAAAAAAAACAAUUUUCGUCGUACAUGACAAUUGCAGGUCUUUUGUAAAGUAACUCUCCUUUUAAUGUAGAUUGUAUACCAUGUAUGAAAUGAUCUUAUUUCAUAAACAGGAUGUGAAUGAUAAUAAA